GAGAGAGAGAGAGAGAGAGAGAGAGAGAGAGAGAGAAUUGCUGUAUUGGGUUUGUUGUAUUGGGGUGAGAGAGGGAGAGAAGGAGGGGUGCUGAAUUGGUGAAAGAAAGAGGGUGGCUUUGAUAGAUUGAAAUGGAAUGGAGUUAAGGAAGAAGUGGGGUUUUUUUGUACUGGUGUUGCACCAUGUGGGUUUUCUGCAGGUGGGCCAUUGAUAUCUUCUCCUCCAUUUCCUGCACCAGAUUUCUGCAUUUGGGUCCUUGAUUUUUUGUCCUCCAUUGCCUCAGAGAAAAGCUCAGAUCUUUCCAAUUUUUUCUCCUCCCUAAUGAGAAAUGUGCAAUGAUUGUUUUCAAACAGCUGGGCCUUGAUCUGAACUCUCCAGCACUGCAGCAGUCUUUUCUUUAUGCAUUUAUUUUGGAGGUGGGCCUUUGAUGUCAUUCACCAUUCUAUAAUAGUCAGGACACACAAAUGCAGCAGAAGAACAGGGAAGAAGAGGUGCAUAUUUACUGAUUUCUCUGGUUUUCAAGAGCCUUGAAAUGGGGGAGAGAAGGGCUAGGAAUCAUCAGCAUUUGGCUUUCCUCCUCUUGGAACUCAAAUUCUACUGAAUUUGAUUUGAAACUUUGAAGAAGAAAACCCAAGGCUGCCAUUAGUCUUCUCUGUUCAUCAUGGACUCAGCAGCAUUGCCAUCUGAAGAUGAUCAACUGGCUCUUGCAGAGACGGAUUCAGGGGCCUUAAAACCACAGCUGACUAUCAAAAUCACAAGCUCCGGCAGCAACCCAGGUGAUAUAUCUCUCCCAAUUUCUCCAUCUCUGAAUUCUCCAUGCAUAAAACUGUCGCCGGAAUCAUCCCAAUACAACUCCCCUUCCCUCAUCUCUCCGCCAUCGUCGGCAUUCGUUUCGGCUCUGCAAUCACCUUAUAUCUCUCCACGCGCCAUGGUUCCUCCACCUGGGAACUCGACCCCAGCGACACACCCAUCUCCGCUAUCUUACUCUGGGUCCCACUCCGACGACAUUCCGAGCACCUCCUACACUCCCCCACCAGAAAGAUACGAUUUUUCUGAUGGCCCAACAGAGCAAAAUCCGAUAUUUGCCGCCCGCACCUCAGUAACUGACACGGCGGCGCCACGCAUCUCAUUCUCCUUCCCGGUCCCUCGAAUUUCAUUUGCAAAAGGCGGCCCGGUUUCUCCUUCCUCCAAUGCGAAGCUCAGGAGCUGUGAUGUUUACAUUGGCUUCCAUGGUCCAAAUUUCAACCUCUUACGCUUCUGUAAAUGGCUGAAAUCAGAGCUUGAACUUCAGGGAAUAGCUUCUUUUGUUGCGGACAGAGCCAAAUACUCAGAUACGCAGAGCCAUGAGAUUGCCGAUCGAAUUAUCUGCUCAGCAACUUUUGGCGUCGUUGUUGUCACCGCAUCCAGCUUUCUCAACAAUCUCAGUAUCGAAGAAAUUCGGUUCUUUGCUCAGAAGAAGAAUCUAAUUCCUUUGCUGUUCGACUUGGAUUCCAGUGAAAUUGUGGGCCUUCUGGAUCGCAAUUCGGACGAGAAGGAAUGGCGGGAAGCAAUUGACGGGCUUAUGAAAUCUCAUGAAUUCAAGCUUGAAGCAAGCGAUGGUAAUUGGAGAAGCUGUGUAUCAAGAGCAGUUGGGAUUUUGAAAUCGAAACUUGGGAGGAAGAGUGUUGCUAAAAAGGAGGUGGAAGGUUUGGAAGAGCUUCCAUUUCCGAGGAACCGAUGUUUUGUGGGUAGAGAGAAGGAGCUCAUGGAGAUUGAGGCCACCUUCUUUGGAAGUAAUGAUAGUCUUGAAAACGACUGCUCUAAAUUGUCGAAUGCAGGAUCGAACGGGCUUUCAGAUGGAUAUGAAGAAAGUGAGAUGAGAACUGGGGGGAGAUAUAUCAGCUUGGAAAUGAGGAAAUGCAAGGAGCCGACGUUAGAGGCUUGGAUUGAGCCGGUGAUUGAAUUGAAGAACAGGAAAGGACUACAGAGGCAGCGGUCGAAGCAUAAGAAAUCAAAGAAUGGGAGCGGCAAGAGCUAUGGCAAUCCAGGCGUUGUUUGUAUAAAUGGUAUUUCGGGUGUUGGAAAGACGGAGCUGGCAUUGGAGUUUGCUUAUAGAUACUCUCAGAGAUACAAGAUGGUUUUGUGGGUGGGUGGCGAAGCAAGGUAUUUCAGGCAGAAUUUACUGAAUUUGUCAAUGAAUUUGGGAUUGGAUGUGAGUGCAGAGACAGAGAAGGAAAGGGGACGUAUUAGGAGCUUCGACGAGCAGGAAUUCGAGGCUUUUCAGAGGGUGAAGAGGGAGUUGUUUCGGGACGUUCCGUAUUUGCUGGUAAUCGAUAAUCUUGAGACAGAGAAGGAAUGGUGGGAAGGGAAGGAUUUGCAUGACUUGAUUCCAAGGAAUACUGGUGCGACCCAUGUGAUUGUGACGACCCGGCUCUCGAAGGUGAUGAACUUUGAACCGACACAGCUCCCAACGCUCUCAUUGGCUGAUGCUAUGGUUCUGAUCAAAGGGAGGCGGAAGAAGGAUUACACAAAUGAGGAACUGGAUGUUCUAAAAAAAUUCGAUGAGAGAUUGGGACGGUUGAGUUUCGGAUUGUGGGUGAUUGGGUCAUUGCUGUCUGAGCUAGCAAUUGCUCCAUCUGCUCUAUUUGAAGCCAUUAACAGAAUCUCCUUCGAUGAUGAUUUGUGUUCUUUGAGCAGCAGCGAUGAUCAGUUCUGCAAGAACAAUCCGUUUCUGAUGAAAGCCUUGGAGUUCUGUUUUGUUGUUUUGGAACAAACUGACCAAAGGAGAAAGCUUGCCUUACGAAUGGCUCUUGCAGGGGCAUGGUUCGCACCAGCACCCAUUUCCACAACUCUUUUAGCAGCUGCUGCUAAGAAAAUACCUGCCACGGGGAAUGGGUUUCGCCGGUGGCAGAAAUGCUUGAGCAAGAUCUUCUGUUGCUGUUCAAACUGCUACUUAUCACCCCAAGUUCGGAAAGUUGAGUCCGAAUCAGCUCUUCUGCUAGAGAAACUAGGCCUAGCAAGAAGAACCAGCAGACAGCCUGGAUACUCAAUCCAAUUCCACGAAAUUGCACAAAUCUUCGGAAGAAUAAGAGGCGGUCUACCGGCUGCCAAAGCGACAGUGCAAGGCGUGGGGAAGAUUGGACACCCGGCCUCGAAUUCAGACCAUCUGUGGGCUUCUGCGUUCUUGGUUUUCGGGUUCAAAUCAGAACCCCCGCUCGUCCAACUGAAAGCAAUCGAUAUGGUCAUUUUCAUCAAGAAGACCGCCCUCCCCUUGGCAAUCCGAUCGUUCACGACGUUCUCGCGGUGCAACUCAGCACUGGAGCUGCUGAAAGUGUGCACAAACGUGCUUGAGGAGGUUGAGAAGUCGUUCGUGUCACAGAUACAGGACUGGUGCCAUGGGUCCCUAUGCUGGAAGAAGAAACUGCAGUCUACUACUAGCAGUAGGGUGGAUGAGUAUGUAUGGCAAGAUGUUACAUUGCUGAAAGCUACAUUGCUGGAAACAAGAGCUAAAUUGCUUUUGAGGGGUGGGCAUUUUGAUAGUGGGGAAGAGCUUUGUAGAACUUGUAUUAGUAUUAGGACUGUGAUGCUUGGACAUGACCAUGCUCAGACAUUGGCAGCUCAAGAAACACUAGCAAAACUGGUCAGGUUGAGGAGUAAGAUUUGAAAUUUGAAUUCAAAUUGCUGCAAAUUCUCAUUUUCUGUGAUUUGGGUUUUUUCUUUUCUGAUUUCUACACUGUAAUCUUACAUUGAAAUGCUAUUAGUUCAAUUAGCAAGCCUUUUUUUUUUUUUUUUUCCUUCAUGUUCUUAGUGUUCAUGUUAGUAAUAUAUGUAAUUGGUCCGAGCUCUUGGAUACUCAGAUUGCUGAAUUUUACACUGUAA